UGACAGUGAGGAAGGGACUGGGGUAGAAAACUGCAGUUAAUUUAUUUGAAUCAUAAAGUAGGGUUAGGGGAAAGGGGGAAAAAAGCGAAGAAGUGGAGCCAGAGGCACCCGCAGAGCUGCCCAGAGAAGGGCCUAAUGAGCGAACUACAGCAAGAUUUGGAAGAUAUAAAAUCAGCAAAAGUUCUCAGCAAGAAAGAGAGCAAAGCUGGCUUGUUCUAUUCAGAGGCUGAAAAUGGUGUGGAAGAGAAAAAGAAGGUUAGUAAGUCAUCAGCACUACAGACACCAACAUCUGAGACAGAAGCAUUGGAUCAGAAAAAAAUCACUUGCUUAAGGUCAAAGACACUCAGUAGUGAUGGUCUCUCCUUAGUGAGUGACAGUAGGAGUGAAUCUAAAACAGACAACAAAAAUGACUCCAAAGUUGAAAGGAAAAAGUCAUACUCUACAAGCCAGUAUAAGGCAAAUAUGCACUUCCACAAGUUAUUUCUGCAAGUCCCAAGUGGAGAACCACUGAGACAAAGCUUUACUUGUGCUCUGCAAAAAGAAAUACUAUACCAAGGAAAACUCUUUAUAUCAGAAAACUGGAUUUGUUUCCAUUCCAAAGUUUUUGGCAAAGACACCAAGAUCUGUAUUCCAGCUCUCUCAGUGUCUCUAAUAAAGAAAACCAAAACUGCCCUGUUGGUGCCAAAUGCUCUGAUUAUUUCAACAGUCACAGAAAAGUACAUAUUCGUUUCCUUACUCUCCCGAGACACAACCUACAAGUUAAUAAAAUCAGUUUGCAGACACCUAGAAAAUACAAGUGUGGGCAACAGUCCCAAUCCUUCAUCUCCUGAAAACAGUUUCCGGGCUGAUCGGCCUUCAUCUUUACCUCUGGAUUUCAAUGAUGAAUUCUCAGAUUUAGAUGGAGUGGUUCAGCAAAGAAGGCAAGCAAUGAAUGAAUAUAGCAGCUCUGGAUCUCAGACUCCUGAAUCUGAAAAUUCUCAAGAUUUUCAUGUGAUGGAGUCUCAGACAGUUCUGAAAGUCAUUAAGGGAGAAACAAAAUCAAUUCAUACAGAAUCUCUUGUGAAUUGUGUGCCUAAAGGAAAAGUCAAGAGUCUUCCAGGAUACACAGGUCAGACCAGAGCCUUUGGAUUGUUCCAUAAAUUGAAGUUCCAGAAAUGUCUGACACUUCGCCACAUUCUAAUUUUCUAUGCAAUUGUUGUCUGUACACUUAUCUUUUCUACCUUCUACAUGAGACACAGAAUCAACGCUCUGGAAGAAAGGCUUAGAUCAAUUGCCUCUGUGGUUGGCUCUCAUAAUGAACAAAAAUCACCACACUCCUUGGGAUCACAAUUGGAAGUCAACGUUGAAGCCCUCUGUGCAGAGUUAACUGCCAACAUAAUAAAACUAGAAAAGAUACAAAGCAACUUUAAAAGGCUUCUGGAGAAUGGUGACUGAUUUACCUGAUUGCUUGGGGCCAACUUCAUACUGCAUUUUUAAGAAGCGACUCUACUUCUCAUGAAGGGCACUCUGCUGGACAGAGAUACUUAUUAAUUGGAAUCCAAAGUUCCUUUUGCACUUUAUGGUUUUUGACUCAGGAAAGUGGGAAGUAAUUUGAUUGUUGUGCAAUAAAUGUUAGCAUUGGC